AGGGAAAACACAGAGUGGGGUAGAGUUCCAUCCUGGUGCUAUUUACAGUCUGUGGAGAGAAACCAGGAGACUGCAUCAUGGCUGGGAAGCCCAAGCUUCACUACUUCAAUGCACGAGGCCGAAUGGAGUCCAUCCGGUGGCUCCUGGCUGCAGCUGGAGUUGAGUUUGAAGAGCAAUUUUUGCAAAGUCCAGAAGACUUGGAAAAGUUAAGAAAUGAUGGGUCUUUGAUGUUCCAGCAAGUGCCCAUGGUGGAAAUCGAUGGGAUGAAGCUGGCACAGACCAGAGCCAUUCUCAACUACAUUGCCGCCAAAUACAACCUCUAUGGGAAAGACAUAAAGGAGAGAGCCCUGAUUGAUAUGUAUUCAGAAGGUAUGGCAGAUCUGAAUGAAAUGAUCUUGCAUUUGCCACUAUGCCCACCCGAUCAAAAAGAUGCCAAGAUGACCCAGAUCAGAGAGAAAACAACGAAUCGUUAUUUCCCAGCCUUUGAAAAGGUGUUGAAGAGCCACGGACAACACUACCUGGUUGGCAACAGGCUGAGCAGGGCCGACAUUCACCUGGUUGAACUUAUCUACUAUGUUGAAGAGAUUGACCCCAGCCUUCUGGCCAACUUCCCACUGCUGAAGGCUCUGAAAACCAGGAUCAGCAACCUCCCUCCUGUGAAGAAGUUUCUGCAGCCCGGCAGUCAGAGGAAGCCUCCCAUAGAUGCAAAAGCUUUAGAAGAAGCCAGGAAGAUUUUCAAGUUUUAAAUAAAGCAGGCAUGGACGCCCAGCGCAUGCAGGUGCAAUAUUUAGAAGUUGUGCAACAAUGAAGUGCUCUACCUAGAUGUAGAUCCUGGCUGUUGUGAGAAUAAUAAACUUUUCCAAAAUAAUUAAAUCUCCUAUGAGCAGAUUUAGUUACAGUUUAUUCUUGUUCAUUAAGUUCCAAUAUGAAAUCAGAUUUUCAAUCUCCUUCUAUUGCAUUUCUCUUGGAAUUCAAAAUUAAAUAAAAAAUGGAAACAUGAA